CGCUCAUCUUGGACUAUUGCGACCAGGGAUCCUUGGAGGACCGCAUGAGAUCCGUUGCAAAGGCCGGUGGAGAUUUUUCAGAGACUGCAGUCUGGAAUGUGAUCCAGGGUGUCGCUUCUGGCUUGGCGUUCCUCCACGACGGCACUAUCAAUAUUCAGCCAGGCAAGCACGCUGUAAAGCCAAAGGACUGGGACACAAUGUGUCAUCUGGAUCUCAAGCCCUGCAACAUCUUUCUUCACAGCAGCGGCGGUCUCGGCGGGCAGAGCAAAGUGAUCCUGGCAGACUUUGGUUGCUGCGUCUCGCUCUCAGACAUCGAGGGCGGUCGUGAGGGAGCGAUUGCGCAGCCAUGUGGCACUCCGGUCUGGUAUCCUCCCGAGGGCGAUGUGCGAAAGCCAAAGUCGUACGGAACCAAGACCGAUAUGUGGCAGCUUGGGGCUACAAUCCAUGUGCUGUGCCGCAUGUGCAUCGAUCGUUAUCCGCCUGCUCCAGACCGCAACGUGCUGUACUCUCGAGAUCCGAUCGGCUCGAGAUACGGAGAGCGGUUGCAUGCCAUGGUUGAGAUGCUGACUGAAGUCAGUCCGCUGAAGAGACCUGCUGCGAGGGACAUUGCUCCGGAGGCGAUGAAGAUCAUGCUGGAGAAAUUGGAGGGCGGCGGCAGACGGGUAGGCAGGCACUACUAAUCUCACCUCGGCCAUGAUACAUUAAGAAUGGUCCACCUCCGCAUGAGGAGGAACAUGAGUGCAUCGCUCGAGUGCUCAAGGCUACGAUCAAGACAGUAUCGCACAAGAGAGUAGGGAAGGCAGGUAUGAGCAUGAGUUUAGAUAUCUGGUAUUCGAAUGGAUGCUGGUAGACUUUUG